AAAUAUAGACAUAAUUAUUAUUGAUAAUGAAUGUAGAUAAAUAAUCCUGGAAGGAUAACUGGAACCAGACUGGGAGUAACGUUACAUUUUCUUACUGUCAACGUCAACAUACUGUAUAAGUCUGUCUUUACGCUUUUAAACGGCAACCGAAGAAAAUAAACGUCACUAUGGUGAGACUACAACAACAUUCACCGACUUACUUUUGUUUUCGUAGCGGUAGUUUUGUUUUGGGUGUUUACCUGUAGUUGGCUUCGAGAGUGCCACUCUCCCAAGUCCGAGCGGGGGAUUAGGCUUCCAUCCCCCCCAAGCCUGUCCUGGAAGCAAGGCUUGUUUUGUCAUAACUUUAUCAGUUUUGUUUGGUUGGAGUGGAAUGGUUAAGACACUAAUCUGGAAUUGCGUCGUGUGGAUAUUGUAAAUAUUGUCCCUUAUUUAUUUGAUAUUUUUUUUCAGUGGUGGGUCAUAAAAACUUUAAAAUAAACUUGGUACCUGGUUAAGGCAACAUUCAGACUGCUCAUAAUUUAAUACCAAUAGAAAACCACGUGUGAAAUUUCAUUGUGACCAAAUUGAAACAAGCUUUCUCCUGCUCACCUAUACUAACUGUACAGGACGCAAUUGUCAGGCAUCAGCACAGUCUAGAAACAUUUUUUUUCUGCUGAAAACAUGUAUGUCAAUGUUCCCUAGGAGUUCUAAGCUGCCCAGUCCACCAGGACCGUGUUCAAUUGUACAGGAAAGGCAUUAUAUUGAACAAUGAAAAUGCAGGUGCUAAAGAGUGGUGUCGACGUUACUGAUACAACAGCAUGAUUAAAAUGGUGUGAAACACAAGAUAAAAGAAAAAGCAUUUCCAAAAUCAAGUGUGUGAUACUGGGUGUGAGGUGCUCGUAAACCAGAGGUGCGAGAGAGUGCAUAGUGCUGUGUGGAGUGUAUAUAUUGGUGGCAUUGUGAGUGGACAGUAGCCCAAGUAUGAUGGGUCAGGUGGGAUGGACAGACAUCAGAACAGUGUGAGGCUUCUGUCUUCGUACGUUCCUUCUAGCCUCAGUCUAUCCUGGUCCUCUUUGCCUCAUUCUACUGCUGGACCUCCUAGCUUCAGUAUACUGCGGGCCCUCCUACCCUCGCCAUCUUUCCCUAUCAUCAUCAUGACUUGAUGUGCCCUUGAAUAUUUAAUUCCCUCCCUUACAAUCAUUACGGUUACUGUAUGGGUUAAGACUGGUAUCAUGUAGUUAGUCGAGUGUCUUACGACUAUCGCCGAAGCAUCAUGCUAAUAAUCUAACACGCUACCUGUAUCUUUUAUUCCAUCUCUUUCUGUCCCUUUUUAUCUUAUUGAUUGAAACCUUUGGUGACGCAUCAGUAAACUGGAACCUUUGGGUUUUAGUAAACAGUCGGAUGUGGCAGAGAAGUGCUUAUUAUUCACAUUCACUCAUGUAAGCACGACAUUCUGGCCUCCUCUCCAUGUCCAAUCCAUUUAUUAUCUACGUGGAAUUCCUCCCUGUGACCCCUUCCCCUGGGCCGCUUGCGCCUGUGGUCGACCGUGGGGGCAGGAAUCCCUUGCCCAGGAUGGACGACCCCCCGUGGGAGUGGGGGUCGUCGGAGCCACCUGACCCCCCUCCCAUGCCCCAGCUGGUGUACCAGCUGUUGCUGCAGGUGGAGCUGGAGCUCUCACUGUAUGUGGCGGCAGCUGCGCUCCUCUACGCCUUUAUGUUAGUCUUCCUUAACUCUGAAUGUCCACGUAUCGUGGAGAAGAAUCCCAGAAAGUUCAAGAUUGAUGGCGGCGAGUUAGCAUCGAGGAGGACCUUCAUCGAGCACACCAAGGAGGAAGUCAAGUCUAUGAAAGAACGUCUCAACUUGACGAAGAAGGACCGAGACGUGACAGCUAGACAGCCAGUGGAUGACAACAGCCCCCUCAAGAUGCCUCAGGUAGUUACCCACGGAGCCACGCGUUACAGCCGGCUCGUCAAUGAGGCUGACAGUCCAAAUAGUGAAUUUGUUGAAAGAACUCUCGCCCAGCAGCAGAUGAUUAUGAACCAGCAAGAUGGACAUCUUGACCAAAUUGCAUCAUCAAUGGGAACGCUCAAGAAUAUGUCCCGUCAGAUUGGCCAAGAAGUGGACGAGCAGGCCGUAAUGCUCGAUGAUUUUGGCCAUGAGAUGGAGACCACGCAGAGCAAAAUGGAGAAUACACUUAGUAAAAUGGCCAAAGUCAUGCACUUGUCAAAUGAUCGACGUCAAUGGGCUGCAAUUGGUGCACUUUCAGGAGUCUUAGCUGUAGUAUUAAUUCUUUUCUUUGUACUUUGAACUUAAUAAUGUAUAAAGAUACUGUAUACAGAUAUAAUAUGGAAACAAUAGAUUAUGGUUUAUAUAAAACUAACACAAGUAUUUUAGGCAUUUAUUUAAAUGCUGUCGAACCCUAAUUAUUUGCACAGGUUUGGAAAGUCUUUUAUGAUCAAAGCUGUCAAAUGAAAGCAAAGACAAUAAUCUAUCUAUAAAUUGUAAAUACAGUAAUUCUUUAAUAUUAACGUCUAGAAAAUAAACACUGAUUGGAAUCAUGAAAUAUUAUGAAUAUGGGAUGUAAUUUAAUGAACAGGGACUCUACAAACUACUGUAUAUUGAUACAUUUUGACGAUGAUGGUGAAACAAAUGACAGCAGUUGGCUUGAAAAUUUACAUGUUAGUUUCGCCAGCAUAAAUUUUAUGAAUCCUGUCCAUUUUAUUAAAGGAAUAAUGCUGUAUAUCAAUAUAUAAAUCAGAGUUUAUUUUCAUGAUAAUAUUCAAAUAGUUGCAUAAGCUAAACAAAAUUAUCAUUAAAUUAGGCUUCAGUUAUUUGUAAAGAAGUUGAAACAAAUUUCAUAUGACUAAGUGGAUUAUACAUAUCUAUAUAUAUAUAUAUAAUCUGCUGGGAUUUGUCUCUCUUUGCUCGAUGAUUUUAGCAGAUGGAUGUUAAAAUGUAUUAUUUAUUAUUCUAUUAUUUGUAUUAUUUCCAAACAUUCAAACCAGCUAUAUUAUACAAGUUGACUUAUGAGAUAAAUGUAAUUUGGGUGUGUGCCAUUGAAUAUUUGUGGUCAUUAAACAAAUAUGAUAAAAAGAGUAUAACCAUUGUAUGCAAAGAAUGAGGGUUCUGCUGUAGAAACCAUUUUUGUUAAGAAAUAUCAUUAUAAGCUUUAUAGUCUCUAGCCAGAGAAAACAUACUUAUUUUAUAAUGGAAAGUUUUGAAUGGUUUAUUUGGAUGUACUGUACUGGUUUGUACAGUGUAACUUCAGUGCAGUAUGUGGUAAUUUAUUAGGUGAUAGAUUUUUUAAUGUGUUUUAGAUACGAUAGAACCUAGGGCCACGUUGUGCAUCGUUAAUUGUAACAGUGACACACACAUUACACUGAAUUAGUGACCUCGUUAUUGUCCUUUUUAAUUAGAUCUUGCAUUGACUUCCUCUUGUCUUUUGCUUGGCUACAUAUUUAUAAAACUUAUAACAGCUUUCUUCAUAACUAAAUGAAAUGUGACGUACAUUUUAUUUAUUGGAUUCUUUAGUUUGCGGCUGCUACUUCAGUGACUAAAAUGUAACCAUAAUAUUUUUUAAUUUAUAUUUUUUUAAGAAUUGCCUAUAAACUGUACAUAUCUUGUCAUUUCUAAUUCUUAUCCCCACAUUCUUUACAAAUAUUACAAUGAAAUAGUGCUAUGUGCUGUGAUUAUACAUUACAAGAAAUAUGGUAACAGUGCUGACUUAUUGUUUAUGUCUGUCCUGUAACAGGUCACAUUCUAUUUACAUGAUUUACCGUGUAAAAUGAUCAAAUAAUCCAUAUUAAAAUGGUACAGGUAUUUGAAGUUCCGAGUUGUCAUAAAGAGGAAGAUUUACACUUUGCCUGCUCAACAAGCAGGAAUAUUCAAAUUCCCCCUUAACUUCACAUGUGUAUUGAAUAUCAGAUAGUUGCGUUGUGGGAUUAAUUGAAAUGCGGUAGAAUUAAUUCUACAUGAAAUUAAUUUCUAUGUUUUAAGAUUUAGUCAAACCCCUCUUCAAAUCCCUCUUUUUAAGAUUGUCAAAUAAACCCCUCUUCUAAGAUUACAUCAAAUAAUCCCCUUUCCUAAGCAUCCAAUGCUUCCCAAACUUAUUAAUCCUCAUCGAAGGAUAAUUUCCAUGUUUUUAAGAUUUAUUAUAUGUAGAAGGAUAAGUUUAUUGAAGAUUGUGAGCUAAAUUAUUAGUUUAUUUGAUUAAAAACUAAAAUCUCAGUUCUAGCUCCUGUUAUUCUGAAUUUCUACCAGAUUUCAACUUCCCCCAUUUGCAUUUAUACAUUAUUGUUCAGUAUCUUUAUCUGAAGCAAUAGAUUUUUGCACAUUUAACAAUGCAAUUUUUUUUUUAUAUUCACAAAAAGUGACUUCAGCUAGUUUAUUCAUCUGUUUUAAGGUUCAGAUGUAUUGGUAUUCAGAUCAUACAUUAAAAGCUAUGCUUAACUAUACUGAUGACAUGUAUUUUGAUUUUUACACUUGAUCUGUUAGGGAGACAAUGAUGAAGCAUGUAUGUAAUGACAGCACAAUUAGAGCAAUAUGAGAGAGAUGCUAUAGCCAGUGUCUGGAGGAAGUUUAGGGCUCUGAAACAGUGUUGUGUUAUAGAAGUGGCAUAUUGGAUGUAAACACACACACAGUAGUUUAAGUGUGUGUGUGUGUGUGUGUGUCGUGUUUUAUAUGUGGUGAAUUAUUUGUGUGUUGUCAUAAUGCAGACCAUGAUAUAUUCUGUUUUUAUGAGUUUUCGCUGCUUUCCUUUUUGUUUAUAUUAUACAGUAUAUUAUUGUAUGUUAACAUUAAUCCACAGUACAUCCUUUUUUAUAUACUGUGCACUUCUGUUGCAAUUACGUGUAUUAUAGGUUCUGCUGUGCAUAACUGGAGACUUUAGAUUUACUAGAUAUUUUGUAUGGAUGAUGAAUGAGGUUACCAUAUAAAACAAAAUAAAAAUGAAGGGAAUCAUGCAAUUAAAUGAUGGCUGUAGUGCAAUAAUGUUACUGAAUAGUCGUCUCGUUGGACGAGAGAACAGCCAUAGACAAUUUGCUUGUAUAUACAUCUUUGGGUUACAGUACAGCUCAUCAUAUACCUUUUAAACUCUCAUUUUAUUUAUACAAGUUAAAGAGGGCAAUGUGUUUCAAGUAAAACUUGUCUUGUGCUUCUUUGGGUGACUUACCUUUAAAUAAUAAUUCCAAUCUGGAAGUUUAAGAAAUAUGCAUAAAUGUUUAUUUUAUGUAUUUAUUUUUUUUCCUGCAUUAUUGAAUGCUAAAUGGUUCUAAUGUCAGUUCAAGUUUUUGACAAUUAAGCUUAAUUUGUAUAAAUUUGUGUUAUAUGUAAGCUAUAUAUUGUUCACAUUGUUUAUGGUGCCAAUCUCAGAUGAGUUAAGAUUGUAAUUUAUCAUUAUCAACAGUUAUCAAUAUUCCAAAGUAUUAUGUUUAUGGUGUAAAGUAAUUUUGCCAACAUGGCAGCUAAUUAUUUACAAAAUUCUCUAGAACUUUUCACAUAUUAGCAUCAAAAUGCAGUUUAAUAUACAGUAUAUAUUUUUUUUUUUUUUUUU